AUGGGAAACACGCUUUCCUCCUGCUGUAAAGGCCGGCCCAAGGAUAACCUCUACGAGCCCGCUUUGGCAGACAGUGAACGGGAAGCCGUUGCAGACCUCUUACAAUACCUUGAAAAUCGUGGCGAGACUGACUUUUUCUCUGGGGAACCCUUGCGAGCCCUAAGCACCCUCGUCUACUCAGACAAUGUUGACCUACAGCGGAGUGCCAGUCUUACGUUUGCCGAAAUCACCGAACGCGAUGUUAGGGAAGUCGACCGAGACACCUUGGAACCUAUCUUGUUCCUACUGCAGAACCCCGACAUCGAAGUUCAAAGGGCGGCAAGCGCGGCGUUAGGUAACCUCGCUGUUAAUAAUGAAAACAAGGUUGCGAUUGUUCAGCUCGGCGGGUUGCCUCCCCUCAUCCGGCAAAUGAUGUCCCCCAAUGUCGAGGUACAAUGCAAUGCCGUCGGUUGUAUUACAAAUCUUGCUACACACGAAGACAACAAAGCCAAAAUAGCCAGAUCAGGAGCGCUGGGACCUCUGACGCGGCUUGCAAAAUCCAAAGAUAUGCGCGUCCAAAGGAAUGCCACCGGGGCAUUGCUCAACAUGACACAUUCGGACGACAAUCGACAGCAGCUAGUCAAUGCCGGCGCUAUUCCCGUCCUAGUCCAGCUCCUGUCGUCGCCCGACAUGGACGUCCAAUACUACUGUACUACUGCCUUGAGCAACAUCGCCGUCGACGCGUCGAACCGGAAGAAGUUGGCCCAAACAGAGUCUCGCCUUGUACAGUCUUUAGUUCAACUCAUGGACUCCGGAACUCCGAAGGUCCAGUGUCAAGCGGCUCUUGCCCUUCGAAAUCUGGCUUCGGACGAAAAAUAUCAGUUGGAAAUCGUACGAGCUAGAGGCUUGCCACCACUUCUUCGCCUUCUGCAAUCUUCCUACCUACCCCUCAUCCUCUCCGCCGUUGCUUGUAUCCGAAACAUCUCGAUUCAUCCCUUGAACGAGUCACCCAUCAUCGACGCCGGGUUUCUCAAGCCUUUAGUCGACCUUCUUGGCUCCACUGACAACGAGGAAAUCCAGUGUCAUGCGAUUUCCACCCUCCGGAAUCUAGCUGCAAGCUCAGACCGCAACAAGCAGCUUGUACUUGAAGCAGGCGCAGUGCAGAAGUGCAAAGAUCUGGUCUUGAACGUCCCUUUGAGCGUACAAUCCGAGAUGACGGCUGCCAUCGCUGUCCUAGCUCUGAGUGACGAGCUCAAGUCGCAUCUUCUCAAGCUGGGCGUCUUUGACGUGCUCAUUCCACUGACUGACUCUGAAAGCAUCGAAGUCCAGGGCAACAGUGCCGCCGCCCUGGGAAACCUAUCUUCCAAGGUGGGCGAUUAUUCUAUUUUUGUUCGAGACUGGACGGAGCCGAAUGGCGGAAUCCAUGGUUACUUGAAACGGUUCCUAGCCAGCGGAGACCCGACAUUCCAACACAUCGCAAUCUGGACUUUGUUACAGCUUUUGGAAUCAGAUGACAAGAAACUCGUCAGUCUUGUUGCCAAGUCAGAAGACAUCAUCCAAAUGGUCAAGACUAUUGCGGACAAACACGUCGAGUCUGACGACGAAGAAGGCGAAGAGGGUGAGGGCGAAGUCAUUGCGCUUGCUCAAAGAUCGCUGGAACUGCUGGGGAAAGGACCCAAGCAGACAUUGGUGGAGGGAUAA